UUCGGCUAUUAAGAAAUCAAACCUUCUAACAUAAAUGUUUUUGUUCUGUUUCUCUGCCUUAUGCCACUGAAGAAAGUCAACUUGAAAUCCCACAACCCUCUCUAAUACAAAUGAACAAUGUCGUCAACAUCACAAAAACACAAGGACUUUGUGGCAGAGCCCAUGGGGGAGAAGUCUGUGAUGGCACUUGCAGGAAUCGGUGAAGUUCUUGGAAGGAGAUUGGAAGAGAAGGGCUUUGAAAGGGCAUAUGUUGUUCUAGGACAGUUCUUGGUACUGAGGAAAGAUGAAGAGUUGUUUCGGGAAUGGUUGAAGGAUACUUGUGGAGCCAACAUUAAACAGCAAGGCGACUGUUAUAGCUGUCUGAGAGAGUGGUGUGACUCUUUCCUGUAGUUGACUUUUUGUUGUUGUUGU